UUUGCUUAUCGCACCGUGACCGGACCUCUCAAGACAAUGACACUGAACCCAGUUUGGAAUUUCGUGGAAGGUUUAAAUCCGUGCACAGUUAACUGAACAUGCUGGAGGUGCAUGUGUACUCACAAAAGCAGCAAGCAACAACAACAGCACUACAUCAUGCAGGGCAAAGCAUGGAAGACCAGAGGCUCUCUGUUCCAUGCUCUAUAGAGUCUAUUAUUAUGGUCUCACACAGCACAUGAGCUUGCACUUGCAGUUUUGAGACCCUUUUCUGUUUCUACACUGUAGUGUGUAACAUCACCAUCUAGCUGACUUUUACCUUAUUUGGACCAUGGCAGAACGAGAGCCACUUCUUAAUGGGCAAUUUAAAAACUACCCGCCCACAGAAAACUACACCAACACAAGAUCUCCCUGUAAUAGCAGUGAUAGUGAGAUUGCACAAGGGAUGUCUAACACACAUGACAGUUUGAAAGUGUCAUCAGAACGACGACUAGCAACUGCACAUUCAACUACUGAUAUGCAGACCUUGAUGCACUUAAUUAAAGGUAAUAUUGGAACAGGUUUGCUGGGGCUCCCAUUUGCAGUACAGAACGCAGGAAUACUGCUUGGACCACUUGGGCUGGCCAUCAUGGGAGUCAUUGCAGUAAACUGUAUGCACAUUAUGGUGCAAGUCUGUCAUGAUCUUUGUAAAAGAACCAACAGUGUGACUUUAGAUUAUGGAGAGGUCGCUGAGCAGUCCCUUAAACAUGGUCCUGUAGCUUGGUUACAGAGACGAUCCUCCAUCGGAAGAUACAUUGUUAAUGGGUUUCUAGUCUUCUCCCAGCUUGGUUUAUGCUGUGUGUAUUUCCUUUUCAUGGCUGACAACAUAAGACAGAUAUAUUCCAAUUAUUAUGCGAGUGUUCCAUCUAUGCAAAUCUUUCUGUUGAUGUUACUGCCUUUGGUUCUCAUCUACUGCUACAUCAGGAACCUGGAUGAUUUAGCUCCCUUCUCUGCGCUUGGCAAUAUUCUCAUUCUAUCAGGAAUAGCCAUUAUACUUGGGUAUCUAGCCUCCCACAUAGGAGACCAAGUUGACCCAACAACAUUACCUCUAGCUACCAGCCUAGAUGGAUUCUUCUUCUUCUUUGGUGCAGCCAUUUACUCUUAUGAAGGCAUUGGUGUUGUAUUACCAUUAGAGAACAAGAUGAAGAAUCCACAGAACUUUACCCGAGUGCUUCUUGGUGGGAUGUUGAUCGUUGUUAUACUCUAUAUCUCCAUGGGCACUCUGGGAUACCUUUGUUUUGGAGACGACACCCAGGACACCAUUACUCUGAAUUUACCCAAUACUAGUCUGUACUUGGCAGUGAGAGUCAUGAUUGUGGCGGCUGUUUUUGUUUCAUAUGGAGUUCAGUUUUAUGUUCCCAUGACAAUACUGUGGCCGUUUAUAAUGGAUAGAAUUUCAGAACGAUAUCAUUUUAUUGGAGAGAUGAUCCUCAGAACCAUCUUGGUAACACUAGCAAUGGUCCUGGCUAUGGUAGUCCCUCAUCUAGCCCUCUUCAUUGCAUUUAUUGGUGCUUUCAGUUCCUCCGCCCUGGCUCUCAUCUUCCCACCGCUUCUUCAAGAAAUCUCGUCUUACUCCAAGGGCUACUCCAGCCUUAGCAGGAUACUGCAAGUCAUCCGUAAUGUUUUCUUCAUAGUAUUUGGCUUUGUUGGGUUUGUAUUUGGCACCUACGUUGCCCUAAAAGGAAUCAUUGAGGACUUUUGAGAUAGCCUCGACUGAUUGACGUACAAGGAACUUGCGGAGAGUUUGUGAAAGACAAUCGUCACAAACAUUUGUGGCAAUUUGUUUGCUCAAGUCAGAAAACGAUCAUACAUCUUGUUGUUAAAUGCCACAUUUUGCCUGCCAGGUCUGUAUGCCUUGUUUUUGAAUGGGCAAGGGCACUAAGGCAUUUCCUCCUUGGCAAAGGGCACCCUAUGAGGAAAUUGUAAAUUUGU